CGCAGGUCUGGAGACAAGGUUGCGGUGUGCCGACGGCUGCGGAGACAGAGGCUCCGCGGGUCGCCGGAGUUUGGCGCCUAUUUUUUGUUGGUUGGGUGUUCUCGCCUGUGAUUGGGCCGCAGCGCGGCGUCCGGGUGCGCGGAUUGCGGCGGCUCUGUCGACCCUGGCUGGGCCCAGGCCGCGCAGAGCGCGGCUGGCCUCCCGCGGGAUGGGUCACCAGGAGUCCCCGCUGACCCGGGCGGCGGCGGCGGCGGGGGCGGGCGGCGCGGCUUAUGUAAAGCGAUUAUGUAAAGGGCUCAGCUGGCGCGAACACGUGGAAGGCCACGGGAACCUGGGAGCCCGGGCCUCCUCCGCGAGAGCCGCUGCCAUCACCGCUGCAGCCUCACGGCCUGUCACCCGCCCGGCCCGGGCCACCUCCUCCCGCGCCGCUCAGUCCGGGAGGGGGCCCCGGCUUGGAGCGGACCAUUUCCCGGCAAGGGCUCCCGGAGGAAAAGGCGCCGCCCGGAAGUGGAGCGGCGCUGGCCAGGUCACAAUCCAAGGUCCCGCUCCUCCGCGUGCCGGGGCCGGACGAAGGGAUGAAGCAGGGGGAACCCGGGCAGCACCGUUGCUGCUCCCCCCGCCGCCCGCAGCCAUGGAAACGGGGGAGGAAGACGGCGCCCGCCGAGGUACACAAAGCCCGGAGCGGAAAAGGCGAAGCCCAGUGCCCAGGGCGCUCAGCGCGAAGCUGAGGCCAGUGGCUGCGGCCCAGGCGAUGGAUUCAUUGGCGGCCGAGGCCCCGAGCGAGGCCUACCUGGCGGGGCGGCGGCCCGAGGCUGGCGGCGGGUCUGCGCCUCCCCGUUACAGCCUGCUGGCAGAGAUCGGGCGCGGCAGUUACGGCGUGGUCUACGAGGCAGUGGCCGGGCGCAGCGGGGCCCGGGUGGCGGUCAAGAAGAUCCGCUGUGACGCCCCCGAGAAUGUGGAGCUGGCGCUGGCCGAAUUUUGGGCCCUGACCAGUCUCAAGCGGCGCCACCAGAACGUCGUACAGUUUGAGGAGUGCGUCCUGCAGCGCAAUGGGCUAGCCCAGCGCAUGAGCCACGGCAACAAGAACUCUCAGCUCUACCUACGCCUGGUGGAGACCUCGCUCAAAGGAGAAAGGAUCCUCGGCUAUGCUGAAGAACCGUGCUAUCUCUGGUUUGUCAUGGAGUUCUGUGAAGGUGGAGACCUGAAUCAGUAUGUCCUGUCUCGGAGGCCAGACCCAGCCACCAACAAAAGCUUCAUGCUACAGCUCACGAGCGCCAUUGCCUUUCUACACAAAAACCACAUCGUGCACAGGGACCUAAAGCCAGACAACAUCCUCAUCACAGAGCGUUCUGGCACCCCAAUCCUCAAAGUGGCAGACUUUGGACUGAGCAAAGUCUGUGCUGGGCUGGCACCUCGAGGCAAAGAGGGCAAUCAAGACAACAAAAAUGUGAAUGUGAAUAAGUACUGGCUGUCCUCAGCCUGUGGUUCUGACUUCUACAUGGCCCCUGAGGUCUGGGAGGGACACUACACAGCAAAGGCGGACAUCUUUGCCCUGGGCAUUAUCAUCUGGGCAAUGAUAGAAAGAAUCACUUUCAUUGACUCUGAGACCAAGAAAGAGCUCCUAGGGACCUACAUUAAACAGGGAACUGAGAUCGUCCCUGUUGGUGAGGCGCUGCUAGAAAACCCAAAGAUGGAGUUGCACAUCCCUCAGAAACGUAGGACUUCCAUGUCUGAGGGGAUCAAGCAGCUCUUGAAAGAUAUGUUAGCUGCUAACCCACAGGACCGGCCUGAUGCCUUUGAACUUGAAACCAGAAUGGACCGGGUCACAUGUGCUGCUUAAAAUUCAGGGCCGAACAUCUUGGGUGUUUUAAACUAGGUUGAUCCCUCGGGACCCACAGUCUCAUCAUGUCUCACAAAGGACGGCAGAGGUACAGGUGGUGGCUUGACUGGUUGACGAUCUCCCGACAGCUGGAUCUCCGGCAAUGUGAAGCUCUCAUUUGGGUCCUUACUCUCACCCCUUCCCUGCUUUUAGCACCCCCUUCCCUUUUUUUCAUUUUCUUUUUUAAUUUAAACCAUCCAGACUUCUGAAGAGCAGAAAGCUAUGCUGUUGACAGGCACCAUUUCUUUAAAGAAAUUCAGUGUGGACAAAGCAUAUGUGUAAAUUUUUUUUUUUUUAAAGGGGUUAGGGAGCAAGUUUGGAUUGGUCCUUCAUUUCUCUCUGUCUUCUUCCUUUAUACAUCUCUCAGUUCUGCUUAUAGCAUCUCACUUCCCAGAGAAGACCUGUUACCCCAGAAAGAAUUUUGGGGUUUCUCCUGGAAUGGGACAUGAAUGUGGGAACUGCUGGACUCCUUGGUGGGCUGGUCCUGGCUGCCCGUUGGGCCUUGGACAGCAUCAGAAGCACAGAACCACUGGAAGAAGACGACCAGGGUUUGGCCAGGAGGAUUCCAGAAGGAGGCAGAAGUGCCAGUGUGGUUCUCUUUGAAACUGUUGGUGGCCCCAGGCCACAGCAGGACUCACAGUGAUGGGACUUGGUCCCGUCUUCUGCCCUAUAUCAUUUUGUGCCCAAAGGAAGAGGUAGAAUGACCAUACCCCCACCCCAGCUCCACAGACCUACCUUCUGUGAGGACUGUUGUGCCAAACCUCUGCGUAGGAUACACAGGGUCUUCACGGGCACCAGCACCACUGUGAGGGCAGCACCCGCACCUGCUGCCUCCUGGACCAUCGUCUUCCCAAGGUGCCCUCAGAUGACCCUGACAUGACAGACAACAGCUUUCAUUCAACUGGCUGCUGCUGUUGUCUCCUCACAGCAAAAGUUAUGCCUGGUAUGCAGGGUCCAUGGUGUCACAUUCAGUGACUCACACUGUCAAGCUCCAUCUCCCUUACCCCAAGGACUAUAUUUGUGUUAGGUGCCCACCCAUAAUGUAAAUGUAUCUAAUGGGAAGAGAAGGACCUGCCCCAGGCAUGAUGGGUCAGACCAGACAGAGCCCGUCAAGCUGUUAGGGACCUGUUUGGGUCCGUGCCACUUUACAGUGUCCUUGCCACUUUACAGUGUCCUGGCUGUGACCCUUGCAAUCCCACCACCACUGUCUUUGUGUAGCCAUCCUUCCUCCCUCCCACAGCCAACACUCCUGUGGCCUCCUGUUGAGUUGCUGCAUUACCUUCCAUGUGGAUGUGUACUGGCUGCCCCAGAUCUUUUCUAGGCUUUUACCCCAUUCUGGCCAAGUGGAAUGGGGCACUGGCAAAGGGAAGAGGACUCAUUUGUGUUCAUUUUUGUUCCUUGUUUUACCUAAGCAAACCUAGAAUUGAUGGGGAGGUAAUUGAAGGGUAUUUUGGUUAGUGUGUGACCAAGUGGGGUUCCCCCCAAGGAGCAGGCCUGUAGCCUGUAGCCCUGCGAGUGUGGGAGAGAUCAGCCCGACUUCACACCCAGUUUGGCCAUUCCCGCUCUUCCGCCUUCUCCAGGCCCUGCACACCAAGGUUCCCUGCCCCUCUUGGGCAGAUGGCUGUCUGCUGUCCACAGGGCUGCAGGUGGUAACAAUCCCUUCCUUCCUGGGCUGUGGUCCACCAUGGUGGCCUAGCUCUUGUCUCUUUUCUGACUUCUCAGACAACCUUGAGUAUAACUCAGAGUUGCGGCUGGGAACAUUUGGCUCCCCUCCCCCUCGCUGUCUGUGGGGCAGCUGUCUGUACUGAGCAUAUGGGCUAAACAGUCCCUAAACUUGGUGCCCCCAACACUCCCUUAGAUCUUGGGUCUAGCAGGUUGCCUGCUCUUUACCUCUUACUUUCUUCUGCUCUGCCCAGUCUCUGAUCUUGGUCUGAAUGAGGUCUUGGGUCUAGUGUUUCCCUGGGGUACUUUUGGCAUUACAGUACAUCCUGCAGACUUCUGUGGGCAGCCUGGGCAGGGGUGGGGGAGGUCUUUUCCCUGCACCCUCACUGCCCAGCAUACCCAGCCUGCUCCUACUUAGCUCAAAUGAGGGCAGCUCUUUAGCCCCAAGUGCCUGUCCUCCUUUGCUCUCUACCCUGUCCACUGCAGGCACACAGCCAGGCAGGCAGAAGCUGGCUCUGCCUUGGGCAGUGGGCCAUCCUUGGGUCAGCAACUCUCCUCCCUCCCUUAGUAGGGUCAGCUUCCUCUCUGUUGCUUCCUCGUCCUGCCUCUGCCCACCUGAGUUUCUGUUCUGCCAGCAGCUCUAUGGGCAACAUCUCAGCACCAUCAAGUUUGUUCCAAGUUCCUAAGGCUGUGACAACAGUCAGUCAUUCUCUUCUUAUGUCUGAAAAGGAUGUCCUGUUGGAGGAACUGUCUUGUCCUCAGGCCUCAUGGGUCUGGACUCAGGUACCCCGUCAGAGAGAGAAUCUGGGACAGAUCAUAGUGCCUUAUUCCAUUGUCUCCCAACCACACCUCCUGGCCCAGCUGGAAGUGGGGCUUCUUUCUCCCUGACUGUCCAUCCAUCACUUGCACUCAGCCACAGGAGGAUGACAGCCCCCCACAUACGUACCCUUUCCUGAGGACUAUAGCCCUCACCCACUCCAGGGCACUCCAGCGCACUCCAACUAGCAGCUUUGCCCAGGACAGAAAAGCUGCAGCAGACAGGUGCACUCUGCCUCAUGUUCCCUCGCAUCCACUCCCUGCUCCUUACCUCUAGCUGGAGAGUGCCACUGUUUGCUCCUUCCAGACUGGCUCCAUCUGACCCCUUUUGGGUACUGAGGACUAAGGAUGCAGGCCUUGGGACAGGUCAUGGGAACUUUUUCUUCCCACCCUGAUGGGACUUGCCCCAAUGGCUGCCUUUCAGAGGGAGUAUAUUAAAUGUUUACUUAAGAACUACCCUGUUUACAGCUGGAGGAGAAGCAUGACCACACUGGGUGGAGAGGUUACCCUGGGCAGGGCCUGGCUUCCUUUAGGAUGCUGCCAGUGGUAGCCCCAAAGUGAAUAAAAACAAGCCUGGGGCAGGGGCAAAGACCCUUCACUCCCUUUGCUCCCUGACCCUGUGGUGCUAAGACCACUGCUCACCUUCCUUCCAGCCUUCUGCCCUAGACAUUCCCCACCUGUCAUUUCCUUCCAAGAUUCUCAUCUCCUCAACAUAACACUUGUCUCCGAUCCUAAAAAACCAUUAUUUGGAGCAAUAAGUUUAAUUUUGCUUGAAUCUUUCUAAGAAAAAAGCUGGCAUUGUGGGAAAUUUUUAAGCUGUUGGCUGUUUACAGAAUUUAAAGGAUGAAUACCUGGGUUUCAGCCUCAGGGCAUCUUUAGAAAACAGGCUGCCACCCUCUGAUUGCCCUUGCCUGGCUCCAUGCCAGCCCUGCCCACCAAGCUCAUUCAGCUGCCCAUUCUGCGGACAUCCCUGUUCCCACUACUAAGGGCAUGAGGUGUCUCACUAGGUGGCUCUAUUGGUUGCCCUGCCCUGUGACUGCUUUCCUUUCCUGAGGAACCUGGAAGUCCCCAAACAGCUGCUGGCCCUCAAAGGCCUGGCAACCUCAGGACAGCCGUGUUUGUCCACUCGGCUCUUUUGGCCCCUCCAUGCAGAGCUGUGGUGGCCUUCUGGUCAGCAUAGGUCCAUAUCCUGCCCUGCCUUGGCAUAAGGGCAGAGGGCUCUGUCUUGGGAAUGUGUUCCCAGAGCCACCAGUAGGAGAUGCUGGCACUGCAAUGAGUCCACUGCCAUUGGUUGCCUGAGGGCUGCUGGGAUUGCUGAAGGGAGGCCACAGGAGAAGAGCUUCUUUAGGGAGGGUCGCUUUGAAGAAACCUUGUGGCCCAGAGGCUUCUUUCCAUCAGUAAGGGAGGAUAUUUUACUGACUUCCUGACAUUCAUUGGGACAGUCUUGGGUAUAAGGGAGCUUUUUAAAGCCAGGCACAAAGUUAGUUUCAAAUACUAGUUAAUCUCUUUUUCCCCCUCUUUUUUUGCACAGAAGCUGGUAAUCUAGGACCUACGUGUGAACAACUUUAUAUGAAUAUUUUUUGUACUUGGUUUACUUGGGUUGGUAUGAUACAUUAUAUUUAAGUUCCUUGAACACUGUGGAUUCCCCUAAUGUGUAUGAAUGACUGAGGCUUUGUAAAUUAAGGGAUGUUUGUGUGAAUAAAGUUAUUUGAUGGGGUUGAAG